CGCCCCAAGCCGAAGCCCCGCAGCGCUUCUUAUGAUCAGCUCGGUGUGUGUCUCCUCCUACCGCGGGCGCAAGUCGGGGAACAAGCCUCCGUCCAAAACAUGUCUGAAGGAGGAGAUGGCCAAGGGCGAGGCGUCGGAGAAGAUCAUCAUCAACGUGGGCGGCACGCGACAUGAGACCUACCGCAGCACCCUGCGCACCCUGCCGGGCACCCGCCUCGCCUGGCUGGCUGAUCCGGAUGGCGGGGGCCGGCCAGAGUCCGAUGGCGGCGGCGCGGGCAGCAGCGGCAGCAGCGGCGGCGGGGGCUGCGAGUUCUUCUUCGACCGGCACCCGGGCGUCUUUGCGUACGUGCUCAACUACUACCGCACUGGCAAGCUGCACUGCCCCGCCGACGUGUGCGGGCCGCUGUUUGAGGAGGAGCUCACCUUCUGGGGCAUCGACGAGACCGACGUGGAGCCCUGCUGCUGGAUGACCUACCGGCAGCACCGCGACGCCGAAGAGGCGCUGGACAUCUUCGAGAGCCCGGACGGGGGCGGCAGUGGUGCGGGACAGGGCGAUGAGGUCGGCGAUGAGGAGCGGGAGCUGGCCCUGCAGCGCCUGGGGCCCCACGAGGGAGGCGCGGGCCCAGGAGCUGGGUCCGGGGGCUGCCGCGGCUGGCAGCCCCGCAUGUGGGCACUCUUCGAGGAUCCCUACUCCUCCAGGGCGGCCAGGGUGGUGGCCUUCGCCUCCCUCUUCUUCAUCCUGGUCUCCAUCACCACCUUCUGCCUGGAGACGCACGAGGCCUUCAACAUCAACCGCAACGUGACGGAGAUCCUCCGCGUGGGGAACACCACCAGCGUGCAGUACCGGCCCGUGAUGGAGACCGAGCCCAUCCUGACCUACAUCGAGGGCGUGUGCGUGCUGUGGUUUACGCUGGAGUUCCUGGUGCGCAUCGUGUGCUGCCCGGACACGCUGGACUUCGUCAAGAACCUGCUGAACAUCAUCGACUUCGUGGCCAUCCUGCCCUUCUACCUGGAGGUCGGGCUGAGCGGCCUGUCGUCCAAGGCGGCCCGCGACGUGCUGGGCUUCCUGCGCGUGGUGCGCUUCGUGCGCAUCCUGCGCAUCUUCAAGCUCACGCGCCACUUCGUGGGGCUGCGCGUGCUGGGCCACACCCUGCGCGCCAGCACCAACGAGUUCCUGCUGCUCAUCAUCUUCCUGGCGCUGGGCGUGCUCAUCUUCGCCACCAUGAUCUACUACGCCGAGCGCAUCGGUGCCAGGCCCUCCGACCCGCGGGGCAACGACCACACCGACUUCAAGAACAUCCCCAUCGGCUUCUGGUGGGCCGUGGUCACCAUGACGACGCUGGGCUACGGGGACAUGUACCCCAAGACGUGGUCGGGGAUGCUGGUCGGGGCGCUGUGUGCGCUGGCCGGGGUGCUCACCAUCGCCAUGCCCGUGCCGGUCAUCGUCAACAACUUCGGCAUGUACUACUCCCUGGCCAUGGCCAAGCAGAAGCUGCCCAAGAAGCGGAAGAAGCACGUGCCGCGGCCGCCCCAGCUCGAGUCGCCCGUGUACUGCAAGUCGGAGGAGACCUCGCCCCGGGACAGCACCUACAGCGACACCAGCCCCCCUGCCCAGGAAGAGGGCCUGGUCGAGAGGAAGCGGGCAGAUUCCAAGCAGAACGGCGAGGCCAAUGCGGUGCUGUCCGACGAGGAGGCAACCGGCCUCACCCAGCCGCUGGCCUCCGCCCCCAGCCCCGAGGAGCGCCGGGCCCUGCGCCGCUCCGGCACGCGGGACCGGAACAAGAAGGCCGCCGCCUGCUUCCUGCUCAGCGCUGGGGACUACGCCUGUGCCGACGGGAGUGUCCGGAAAGGCUGUGAAAAGUCCAGGAGUCUAAACAACCUAUCAGCAGCGGCUGCAACCAGCCUGGGGCUGUCGCCACUGGCAACGAGAUUCAGCUCGCCCUACCCUGCGAGAAAGCUCCUGUUCCCCCUCCCCACCCACCCCCUCCUCAGCCCACCCCCCGGGCACUCAGCCUCGUAACUGCGCCUCGGCCCUCCAGCCCGUGGGCCCGCACUCACAGGCAGCGCGCCCAUGCCUGCCAGCCCCCCUUCCUCCAGGGGCCCCAGAGACCUGGGCCAGAGGCGAGAGAAUUUAGGCCCCUGAGCUUCCUCCACAGCACCCAGCUCCCCAGAAUGCUCGGGUCUGAGCCCGAGAGCAGGGGGAGAUCACUCUCGGCCUCCAUCCUGAGCUGGACCGGCCGGCACACACCCAGGACCUGUGACCCUGAGCCCUGCCUCCCCCACAGAGUCCCACCUUAAUCCCAGCAAACACAUUUCCAUUCCCGGUGGCCUUCAACCAGUAAGCAAACAGCCUGCAACCACACAUCUCUGUCUGUCUGUCUGUCCAUCCCACACCCAGACCAGCAAGGCAUAAAGCUGUCCCUUGGGGCAUCUCGGCUGGUGUCCAGGGGCCUUCUCUCCCGAGGGGAGCAGUGCCCCCCGCCCCUCGGAAAAGAGGCUGCUGUUCUCCAGCUCUGGCCUGGGGCGCAGGUGGGGUCCCUGGAGUCCGAGCCCCAGGAUAGGCCGCCCAGCCUGGGGAGCCCCUCCUAUCCAGGUGAUGCCCGGCAGGCCUCGGGCCCAGCACCCUGUCUGCGCCCCGAGCCUCGGCACCCCUCCCCGCGCUGCUCCCUACUCUGCUUCCACGACAGUUUCUCCCCCCACCCCGCUGCCUCGCACACCCAGCCCAGCCUCUGAGUCGCCUGCCGCUCCCACCCAGCCUCUGCGCUCUGUGUUGCUGCCAGAACCAGAGACUCAUCUAAUUUCUAUAAUUAAGUGUAUUCAUUUACCUAACGAGCCCAGGAGCACAACAGAUUUGUGAGUCACUGUGGGAUCGGGGUGCACCCUGGGCAGGGGCAGCUGCAGGGUGGUGUGGGGACAGCCGUCCUGCCCCCGCCCCUCCCCCACGGGCACCCUGCCACUCCCAGGGAGGGCUGAGCCCCAGCCCCCCACCCCGCCCCACCCCCCGGCGGUGCACGGAGCAGGGCUCCCCAGCAGGCCCUCGGAAGCCUGGCGAUGGAGGGGCGUCGUUUCCCCUCCACCUGAUGGGAAUGAGGCCUGACAGCAGCGCCGUGCGCCUGGCCAUUUUUAGAGUCAGAUUAUGCAACUUCGUGGAGGGAAUGACUAAGUAAAGGCAGAAGCUGCCUCGUCCGGGGUGGGCAGGGAUAGGUAUGGCAGGACAGUAUUCGGGAGGAUGCCGGGAAAUCUGGGGGCCACGCCACAAGGCGAACUGGGCAGAAGGGUCAGAUCAUCUCCUGGAGGGCGGGUGGCCUCUCCAGGUCCGUGUCUCCUUCAGCCUCAAGCAGACCGGAAUAUGCCUUCCAGAAAGGUCCGUCCCGGGUGGGAGCUGGGAUGGCCCGGCCCCGCUGCAGUCUCCGGGGCCCCCUCCCACUUGCUUUAAGAGUUGGGAAGAUACAGGGGUAUCCGUGCGACCACCGUGAAGAAGGCACAGCUCCCUUUAAGGGACGGGGACAGGAAAGCCCUGUGGAUGAGGAUGGAGACGCCAGGAAGCUUCUCCUCUCGCCCGAGUGCGAGGGCCCAGCUGCUCCUGCAUGAGGACAGCCUCAGCUCGGCCCCCGCAGGGCUCCCCAGCUCUGGGGGCCUGGCUGCGACAGGGACGUGUGGUGAGCGAGGUGUCCAGUUUAGCUCGGGCCCCACAGCGAUCUGCCCUGCUCUGGCUUGCAUUUCUCUCCGGGGAACUGAGGUGGCUAUUUCGGCGGCAGCCCUGCAGUUGUCAGGAGCCCAGGUUUCCACGGCACCCACCGCCUCCUCCCCUCCCACGGGGACCAGCGUGCUCACAGCACCCCUGUGGCAGGCACAGAUGUCCCUGGGCGACGUGAUGCAGGAGCGCCAGGCAGGGGGCCCCCGUGCCUGGGGAGUGGGGCUCCCACACAUCUCUCCCGGCCCCGUGACCCCUGUGGGGGAGACCCAGACCCUAGCAAACGGGAGAGACGAGUAGGCUGUCUGCGCCUCUGCUUCUCAGGACCUCGGCCUUCCCAGGGUGCUGGGGAAGGUUCUGGAACUCACAGAGACCCCAGGCUCUGCCCGGGGAGGCUGUGCCUGCAGGGCCUCCCGGAAGGUCCUCCCUUCCUCGACAGUCUGAGGGCUCAGUCUCCUUCACCUUGCGUCCUGACUUGGACCUGUGCUUGGCUUCUAGAAGCCUUUCCUCUAUAGCUGGGGCUCAGCCUCUCCCUGCAGAGCAGGGAAGCAGCCGGGUAGGAGUUGUUAGCUUUACCUCCCCGUUUGUGCCAGGGCUCCUGGCGACCCUAGAGGCCACUUCUCAGCCCCCAGGGCUUCUGAGAGGAGUGGCCGUGAGCUCGAACCAGAGGGGAAGGUGUCCGUUCAGCCCAGAGCCCUGGCUGGGGGAGGGGGGGUGCUGUGGUUCACAGGCUUCCUGGGAGAGGAGGGCCUCUGAUCUUGGCAGAGAGCGUCACCUUCCAAAGUCCCUGCCCCUGCAGCCGCCUCCCUGCCUGUCCCAGCUGUGCCUGCACUGGGAGGGUGGGGGAAGGGCAGGCCGGGGCCACUGACCUCGUGGGCUGGCGUGGAAUGCCCAGAGGGCUCCCGAGGGCUUUGCUUUCUGGCCUUCUCUCCUGACCCUCCCGUGCUCCCGCCAGAUCAGGGAAGGGGGCUGGGCAGGCUGUGGCAGGCUGUGGCAGGCUGUGGCAGCCCAUGGAACAAUGGCAGGGCCCCAGGUGGUGGUGGCAGAUGGAGCCGUGGGGGGAAGCCCAAGUGGGGCGGGCGGCAGCCCGGUGAUGGCUUGUGGGUUAAAGCCAAGCAGGAACCUCCCGCCACCCCCCUGCCUCAUGCCAGGCUGCACAGCUGGGGCCCCUGUCUCCACUGCACCGGAGCUUCGAAGACCCGGGCUGCUGGUUCCCAGAGUUCACUCCCUCAGCCCGUGUGGAGAUGAGCUGUGACAUUGCCUGGGAGGCCCAUCGGCCCGGAGCUGGGUGGGCAGAGGGACCAUGAAGGGGCUUCCCCCGUACCCCGACCCAUCCCUGCCUUUCCCCGCCUCUUGGCCCUGGGCCCCCGUGCUGUCUGGCUCUGCUCCUGGCCUGCUCGCCCGCCCACAGACCGGGGGUCAGCAGCUGCCUGCCUUCUAACUUCUCAUUCUUUGUGUCUCCCUUCCUUUUGCUGAACGCCCUGCCCUGCACCCCCAGAAGGCAGUGUUGGGCCGAAAGUGCGCGUCCCAGUGUCUCACACCUGUGCUCUUUAAACACAGAGACCUGCCAAGACGCCCUCUCGUCCAACUAUGCCCAGGCUGAAGUGCUCACCCUCUCUUAAAGCGGCAGCAGCGUGAGAGAGACAGGCAGACAGACAGGAAGCCAGAGGCUCAGGGGGACUCUGGCGCCCAGGCAAGAACCUCUCGCUGGGAGAGACGCAGAUACCCUUGUUUGCACAAGACUGACGGAAAACCUCCCGUGUGACCCUCGGGGCCCGGAACCAGCCGGGCCUGCCGUUUUGUUCUGUUGUACAUUGAAGAGAUAUAUAUGCACAUAUAGUAUCUAUAUUCAUACAUACUGUACUCAUGCGUGUAGUGCACGUGCUAUUGGUGGUCUGUCUUCGUUAGGCUGUCUCCCCAAGCCCUUGCCCCUCCCCCAGGCCCCAUUUCCUCCCCUCCACCGACUCCCCGUUUCUGCUGUACGUAUGUGUGGGGCGCCCCGGGAAAAGUGGGGCUGGAACUGCUGGUCCAGCUGGGUGGUCCCAGGCUGGACUCCGCUGGGGGUGUGACCUCUGUGGGCCGGUGGCCUGUGGAAGGCCAGACUGCCCCCCAGGGUCGCUGCUCCACUGGCCCCACCCCACCCCAGAUUGGGGUUCUACCUCCCACCCCACGCCCCAGUUGUGGGGGGACUUCCAGGGGCUUCUCCACAGCUUCUCCCGCUCCCCCCUUACCUGUGACCUUGACUGAGGGGGCAUUUUGUCUUUUUUUUUUUUUUUACGUUGGGUUUUUCUGUCUCUCUCGUCCACUUGUUUUUAAGAUGCUGCUGGGCAGACGGGCAGGGAAGGGCUCGGUCUGCCCAUCAGGCUCAGGGGUCUGAGAAGGGGAAGCCUUGGGCGAGCGGAGACCAGUUGCAAUACUGUACUUCCUGGCCGGUGGCCAGAGCACGCGUGCAAUAGCAGAGGCCAGGUGACCCCUUCGACCUUGGCCUCUGCCCCUCCCUCAGCCCUCCUGCCCCCCUGCCGCACUCCCCGCCCGCCCCGCCCCACCCCGGUGUCGGUCCUUUUCUAAAGCUGUGUCCUCCCGUGUGUCCGAGGCAAGCCGCGGCCGGGGCCCGCCGCCCCGCCGCCCUGUCUGCAUGCCUUCGACUGUCAUGCCGUGCUCCACUCUCAAUAAAGACACCCGGGGCCUCCGCUGCUCCUGCUGUUCCCGUGAC